AUGCUUUGGGGGCCUGGUGAUGAUCAAUCGCUUAUGGCUGAGCCGAGGCCGAGUACCCUCCACUUGAGCGGCCAUAUCAUCUACAACUGGAAGAUGUGUGGCCAUUGUUGGCAACAGAUUUUCAAUUACGCCCCCAAAGGCUGUGUGUCCAAGCAGAUCUCAAAGAUCUACAAUGCAGACACGGUGCAGAUUCAACAGCUGAGGUGCGCAAAACAGAAUGGGGUUUCCAGCUGGACGUUCUCGCGAGGGAGGCGAAAUGUCAUAAACGCCGCUGCGGUACUGGCUGGCAUGCUGCACUGUCAGAUAAUUGCUUUUCGGUUCCUGAUUGUGGAAAUCUUCUUCUGGCCCAGGGAUAACGCAGCGUUCCUCGAUGUCUCUGCGUGGGAAUACUGUAGAUCCAAUGGGCGGCUAGGAGUCCUCGACACAGGCUUUUGUUCUGUUCGGGAAAGGGGGCCGCCCAGCCAGCCUAACAACGCAUCAACCCGCAGGCCGCUUUCAAAGGUUCUCUUCUCGUUCUCCCUGCACGUUGCGGCCAACCAUAUCUCUGUCGCUCAAGCCCAGAUUGAGCUAAUGAUUCCCAGUGCAUGGAAAUCACCCAAAGCGUCCGUUUCUGGGUCGAACAUGCAUGUUUGA